AUGGACAUUGAUUCAAUGGACAUUGAUCUGUAUGCUUUCUUUGGGUUGAGCGAUGACUGUUCUUCCAAGGAAAUCAAGAGAGCCUACAGAGAAAAAGCUCUUCAGUUACAUCCUGACAAGAAUCAGGCCGAUCCUAGAGCAAAAGAACGUUUUCAGCAGCUUACUGUUUAUUAUGAAAUACUGCACGAUCCUGUGCGUAAGAAAGCCUACGACAGGAAUUGGAAAGCCAAACGAGAAGCAGCUAAGCGACACGAAGCGUUGGAUGAAGCACGUCGACGGUUGAAGGAAAAGCUCGAAAUUCAAGAACGAAAGGCCCGUGCAGAAAGAGAUCAACAGCGGAAGCGGACAGCUGCAGUGGCGGUUGCUGAUCAGCUGCGUCGCGAUUGGCAACGUCAGUCUGAGCAAGCCGAACUAGAGGCACAGCUGCUUCGCAAGCGGUCUCUGCUUGAACAGGAACGCGCUUUUGCUGCGGCAUCCGAAUGGAGCCGUGACGGUGAUCACGGUACAUUGGUCAAGAUCAAGUGGUCCUUAUCGGAGAAUCCUCAAGCCGCGUCAUGCUACACCAAAGAGUUUCUGACCACCUGUCUUUCAGAAUAUGGAGAAGUUUUGACUCUGGUUCUCGGGAAGCGUGGAACUGCAGUCGGUGAUUUCCGUUGCAGUGUGGACGCGACUCGCGCCGUCGAAGCCUCCAAACGCGGAGCGCUUGGUCUGCCGACACUCCCACUCAGCCUCUCCAUUAUUCAGCAUUCUACUGAUUCAACACCUGGCGCUGAGCCUACUGUACACGAAGAAGCACCCACGACAUCGAUGACUAGUCCCGUCAGAAAUGCACACAAUGACGACUUUACUGUCAAACAGAAUUCCUCUACCUUUGACUCCUUUGAAUCGGACAUUUUGGCAAGGAUGGCCAAUUUCACCGGGUGA